AUGGCAGGUAAGGCGUUUAAAAGGCAAAAGGACAGAAAAAGCCACACAAAUGCCCCGUCCGUUCACCGGUUAAAAUCCCCUUUCAUUCCUCCAACUGAAACCCUAGAAAUCGCCUCAUCCCCGACCUCCGACCGGCGACGAACGUUGGCCUGGAUUGUUUACCAUCUCCGACCGGAGCUAUCUCUCUUCCCCUUUUCUGAAAGCCGCGACAAGGGUUUUCAUCUGCGGUAUAAUAAGCUAGAAAUUGGGGGAACAAGAGAGGUUUUCUUCUUCCCUAUUAAGCUGGAAAUUGGGGGAGAGGCAAAAAAGAGAGACAUUCAUCCCGACUCCAAUUUAUCUUGUGAUUUCUACUCAACUUCUUCAUCAACGAAAUUGGAGGAGACCGAGACGCCGCCUGCUGCUAAUUGUGAUGGAGUUCACCGGAGAAUGGAAAUCCCUCUGGCCCAUAUCCUCCACCAUCUCUCCCCCGCUCCUCCUCUGCAUAAAUCAUCACCGGAUUACGAGGUUGUUGGUCAACCCAGUCAGCAACGAAGACAUGUCUCUAGUUGGUGUACCGAUUCUAAGACAUUAAAGGGUAAAGCAGUUGUGAGCGUGUGUUGGAGUCCGCAUUUAAAGGAAGAGUGUUUAGUGUUGUUGGAUAAUGGUGACUUGUUGAUGUUUGAUAUUAAUGAAUCUUGCAUAAAAAAGGGUAAUAUGGGGCUUUUUAUGAGUACAAGGAAUAGAGCUUUAGAAAAGAAGCUGCGAGUCUCACUCAGGAAUAAGGUGAGUCUAGAGAAGGAUGAAAGUGGUAGUGGGGAGUGGUUUGGAUGUGACUUUAGUUGGCAUCCAAGGAUAUUUAUUGUUGCUCAUUCUGGUGCAAUAUUCUUGGUUGAUCUCAGCUGUGCAGGGAAUUGCAAUGUGAAAUGUUUGUUGAAGGUUGAGAUAUUGUCUAACAUGAACAAUGAUGGGUUUGUGGCGUUCUCGAGGGUGGGUUAUGAUGCAUUCUGCUUCACCGUAGCUACAAAACAGUUGUUGCUGCUUUGUGAUGUGCGGAAACCAUUGAUGCCAUUGUUGCGUUGGGUACAUGGUCUUGUUAAUCCACGGUACAUAACUGUUCUUAGAUUGUCAGACUUAAGGUCGAAUGCAAAUGUUGAUGAUUACAGGUGUGUGUCUGAAUCAGGGUAUUGCAUAUUGCUGGGAUCGUUUUGGGACUGUGAGUUUAGUCUUUUCUGUUUUGGGUCCAACAUUAAUAGAACCGACUCUGUCUCUUCUAAAAAUUUGAAGUUCUGCAACUUGUAUUAUGCAUGGGGACUCCCUUCAAAGAUUUCAUUGUCAGGCUAUGAUUGUAAUUGUGGCAGUUGUCUUGUAAGAGAGGAGUUCCCGAAAAGUCCUCUCCCUGAUUGGAUUGACUGGAGGCAGAAAAUACAGGUAGUCAUGGGGUUUGGCAUUCUCGAUGCAGAUCUUUUUACCAAGUUGUCUAGACCUAAUAGUUUUGGUGGGUUUGUGUUAAUUAGGUUAAUGUCAUCAGGGAAGCUAGAAGCACUGCAGUACCAUGCAGAAUGGGAACCUGAAAAAUAUUCUGAAAUAUUUCAUAAGACGUGCAUUCGUCACGCAGAUAAUCUUUUGUAUGAUACGAGUGCCGCAGAAUAUAAAAUAGAAAAGAAACAUCAGCACUUGAAGUUUGACUGCUUCAAUGCCUAUUUGGAAGAUAAUCUAGCUAAAUACAUUGUUGAACGAAGAGAAAACGUGAAAGAGAGUGGUGAAGAUGCCCCAAAAAAAUAUAAUGUCGCAUCAAAAUCCAAUUUCCAUCAAGAAAUCUGUCAUAAGCUGAAGGCCUUUAGGCUUCCUAGAAUAAGGUCAUCCUUGGCAGUUUCUGAUGUUAUGGAAGAUAUUAGCUUACCAACCAGCAUAAAUGAGAUUGCUUUGAGAAGUACCUGGGCCAGCUUACCUACAAAUCUCUUGCAAUUGGCUUUCUGCACCUACUCAGAAUUCCUUAUGGAUCUUGAGAAGCAUAAGGAACCUUUAGAGUUCCCAGAUAUUCCCUAUAAACUUCAAGUGCUGCCCUUUCCUUUCCGAAAGCCAUCACGCCGCAGCAAUAAAUGGUCUGAUAAAGUUCAGCCUUCUGAUUCUCUUGUAGGUCCAGUUCUUCCCCCUCAUCUUUUGACUAUUCUUCAUAAACUCUGCAUGGAAGAACUUAAAAAGGAAAGACAGACUUACCUGGAAGAAACAGAAGCAUUCUCAAUCAAUGCUGAACUCAGACUUCAAUAUAAGAAAGUAAUGGAGGUUGUUGAGGAGCUUGCCGUUUCGGAUUCUGACACCAAGAUUCAGGAUGAUGAUUUUGUUUCUCUUGCUGAUGAUAAAGAUGAGAUGAGCUACAACUACGAGACUCCAAAAUCGAAGUUCUCUUAUCAUAAACCGCUGGCGUUCUCAGAGAAUUCGUCUGAUGUGGAUGUGACGAUGAGGAAAUUUGGAAUUGAGAUUGACAGAUUUUCAACCUUUGUUUUUCGGAGAACCCAAGAGAAUAAAUCUAAUGUCAGUGCAGGGAUGGUGGGGCUAGAGCUAUUUGAUACAGGGUGCCCAAUAGCUCUAAAUUUUGGUGAUUAUACCCUUGACUUUGGGCCUAAGGAGCUGGAAGCAUACCAAAAUUUGAAGAAACAAGAUUUAGAAUUUCAGAAAGGUUUUAAUCUCUAUCAAGAUUAUAUCACCAAAGGGAAAUCACUGAAAUGA